UCACAAACACAUUUCGGCCUUUCCGGAAGUCAAACACAAACAAAAGCCUCUUACUUUUUCGCCGUCUUCCCAGACACAAACUCUGCUGAUCGUCCUCGCUUCUCCUCCAACUUCCGGGUUCGGUUCUUUCAUCCAGAUGGAUUCGGGUCUCACUGAUUGGUUCAAGUACUUGGAGGAGGAGUCGUACCCAGUUGCCAGAGACUUCUUGGUUCUUCCUUUGUUUGUUCUCCUCUUCCCUUCUCUUAGGCUCUUCCUUGACGCUUUCGUCUUCGAGAGAUUAGCAAGAUGGCUAAUUAUUGGAAAGGAACAGAAGAAAGUUGAGACACAUGAAGAGCGGAAAAAAGUUAAUAAAUUUAAAGAGUCAGCUUGGAAAUGCGUUUACUUUUUUUCUGCAGAGGCUUUGGCCCUUUCCGUAACAUACAAUGAGCCUUGGUUCUCAAGUACAAAACACUUUUGGGUAGGGCCUGGCGAUCAGGUCUGGCCUGAGCAAAAGACUAAAUUAAAAUUGAAGGCACUCUACAUGUAUUCAGCUGGAUUUUACUUGUACUCCAGCUUUGCUUUGGUGUUCUGGGAAACAAGGCGUUCUGACUUUUGGGCAUCAAUGGGUCAUCAUAUAGCAACAACAAUAUUGAUUGUGUUUUCUUAUGUAGCAAGGUUUUCCCGAGUUGGUUCAAUCAUUUUAGCCCUCCAUGAAGGAUGUGAUGUGUUUUUGGAGAUUGCGAAAAUGUCAAAAUAUUGUGGCUUAGAACUUAUUGCCAGUGUUUCUUUUGUUAUGUUUGCUCUUUCUUGGACAAUUCUACGUCUUAUCUACUUUCCCUUCUGGAUAAUUUGGAGUACUUGCUAUGAAUCUCUUUUGAACUUGGACAAGGAAAAGCACAUGGUGGAAGGAUCCAUGUACUAUUACUUGUUUAAUACGCUUCUAAUUUGCUUGCUCAUUCUUCAUAUAUAUUGGUGGAAGUUGAUGGUUUGGAUGCUCGUAAAGCAAAUUCGCUCAUGGGGGAAACUUGAUGAUGACGUUCGAUCUGAUUCUGAGGGUGAAGACGAUGAACAUGAUGAUUGACAAUAUGAAGAUACAUAUAACUGAGGCACCUUUGUAUCUCAAGAUUGAAUAUUUAUAUAGGCAAGUGAAUCUGUAUAUCCAGAUUUCAUACAUGCAGUUGCUUGAACAGGUAGGAUGACGCUGAGAAACUAGAUUCAUUAUUCAUGGUCCAAGCCUUGGGAAGCAUAAUAAACGACCACCACAGAUUUCUUUCUCCCUAUGGCAAAAUUAUUGAUUAAAGACCAUUACUGUUGGUUGAGGUGUCACUGAGCCUGUACUGCUUUGUCAUUUUUGGAAGUGUAAAAUUACGGUAUAUAAGUUCAUACUAUUUGAGAAAGUUGAAUCAAUUGUUUCAUUAUA